AUGACAAUCACCAAUGGACCCUACCGCAACGCCUGGAUCUCCUGCAUCUUUUCUGCUCAGGGUCUCAUCAUCAUCGUCCUCGGAAUCGCGGCGCCGUACAUGAUUAGCGACUUGAGCUGGCGUUGGAUGUACUACAUUACGGCUUUUGGUGCGGCGUCCUUUCUUGUGGGCGUUUACCUCUUCACGCCCGAGACCAGAUGGCCACGAACGCGCGCCGAAAUGAGCAAGUUGACACCACGCAUGAUCUUUGUGGGAGAUGCUAACAACGGACCUAAAGAUGGCGUUCCUCGUAGUAAGAUUGGCCAUCAGCGUGGUCCCAGGACCUUUCGCUACAACAUUGCCCUCUUCUAUGGCAAGAAUGUGGCUCCAGCUCUUUUGAUAGCACCCUGGUCAUGGGGCUUUGUGAACCUCAGCCUCUGCCUCGUGCUGGUCUUCAUCGCCGCCGUCGCCGUUGCCCUAGUCGCCGGAAGUGCCGCCGACUGGGUGGCAAAUCGCACUGCGAAGAAGCGCGGAGUCCGUGUCCCCGAGAACCAGCUCGUGAGCCUCAUCAUCCCGGCCCUCGCCGGCAUCAUCGGCCCCAUCUUCUUCGGCCUGUCUGGCUCGAACCAGGCACAGUGCCCCUAUUUCACGUUCCUAACAAGCCUCGGUGCGAUGGCGUUCGGCUUCCUGGGCGCCAACACCAUUGGGGCGGUCUACGUCCUGUGCUAUUCCCACCUUGCGAGCCCAGCUCUGGUCAACAAUGCCUUGUUCCGCGGGUUGUUGGCGUUCAUGCUGUCGUUCAACAUCUUUGGCUGGAUUGUAAAUAUGGGGUACUUUAAUGCCAUGAUAAUCUACGCUGGGUCGAUUAGCGCCUGUGCUAUUUUUGUUCCCGUGGUGUACUACUAUGGACCUGCCUGGCGCAAGAGGUGGCCUGCUGAGCAUUUCAGUGAUCAUAUGUAA